GUACGCUCUUUCUGUGUUGUUGUUGCAUCUUUGCAAUUUUCGUUUAUACCUGUUUCUUUGACCAAUAAGAUAUAAAGUUAAUUGUGAUAGUUUUUUCUGCCAGACAUGAAUUUGUUUAACUGGAACUUUUUGGGAAGCUUGUUGAAUUAUAUUGCAAAUUAUUUCUCCGAAUUUCUGUGUCAACCCAUUUACUUAUGUCAUUCCAGUUGGCAAGAUGAUACAUUGGGACUAGUUUUGUUCUUUGAAUAAUUGAACCAUAAAUUUGGCAAGUUAUUGGAACAUGAUCGGAAUUUAGAAGUCCUGGAUGAGUUUCGAUUGAAGAUAUGUUUAAAUUCGAGUUUGUAAGUAAGAGGUCUAGAACUGAAGGUUGAGUAUUGUGCGUUCUCUGACAAAAACGUGUGUAGUUGUGUGGAGAAUGUAUAUAAUAAUUAGAAAUCAACUGGUGGUUAUACAGCCUUCUACCAGCGGUGUUAAUUUCAUUACAGUUCCAGGUGGUGUGGUGAGCGUUGAAGUCUCCAAAUAUCAGAAAUUCAGAAUUUGGAAUAUUUUUUUACAAAAUGGGACGCUCUAGACCUGUGAAGGAAUCUUCUACUAAAACAAAUCCAUCAACAACCAUUGAGACUGCAUCAAAAUUGGAAAAACUCCAAAAAAGUAUAGAAGAACUUCAAAAAGAUCUAUUGUCUGAAAUGCAUGUCUUAAUAAAAUCAAAUUUAACCUCCACUGCAGUGGCCACAAGAUAUUUGGACAAAUUUCCUCCUCAAUCUAAAUCGGAAAUGGACGAUAUAGAACUAGAAAUUUCUGAUGAAAAUAUGGAAGCUAUGACUCACACAAUUAAAAAAAUAGUGGGAAGAAAUGGUAUUAAGAAAAUGCUAACAGCCAUUUUUGAUAAACAUCUGCUACUAGAAUUUAACGUUGAUGGAAGACAAAAUAAAAAAGAGACUCUUAGACUACCCAAAACUUAUAAAUUUAAUUUACAAAUGUGUCUAUAAAGACGAAAUGUUGACAAAAAAGGCCUUUUAUGAUGAAAUAAGAAAAGGCAUUCGCUUGGCAAAAAAUAGACAUUACAAAGAAGCAUCCUUUAAAAAAAAAUCAGCAGCUUAGAUUAAAUGACAUUCAAAGUAAUUCUUCUAAUGAUGAAAAUAGUUUAAAUUAUUUAAAUACAAAGGAAAAUGAAUUAUCUUUAAUGGAUUUUUAACUAUUUUUCUUCUUAAAUUUCAUGAAUUUUCUUUUUUGGAAUAAUUUAUUUUUUACUCUUAUUGCUG